AUCUUGGUUCAAAUGUCACGUUUGUGGUUUGGACUGGAGCGGGCUGCCACUUCGUUUGCAGCGAGUUUCCCCCUGAUUCUCUUCUCCUCGCGGAGCCCUCCGCCGGAAACCGACUGCAACAGCCGAGCGAGCUACAAUGUCUUCUGGAUUCAGCAAUGGCAUUAGGGUUUUCAGGGCCUGCAGAGCUCUCUUAGCUCCGUCGAAAUCCUCUGCUACCGUUGCCGCCACCGCUGCCAAAUCGAAUACGACCUCGAAGCCGAAGCCGAAGUCCAAGGUGAAGACACCUCCGACCUCCGAUACUGCUGAUGUUUCAGCCACGCCCAAGCCGAAAAUCAAAAGAGAAAUAACUCGACCGACGGGGAUUCUGAAGGUCACCCAGGUUUCUCCUGCGUUGAGCAACUUCUUGGGUGUGUCGGAGGCUUCUCGCAUCGACGCCGUCAAGCAAAUCUGGUCCUACAUCAAGCUCCAUAACCUUCAGAAUCCUGCUAACAAAAGAGAGAUCUACUGCGACGAUAAACUUAAAGCCAUAUUUGAAGGAAGGGAAAAGGUCGGUUUCUUAGAGAUCGGAAAAUUGCUCGCUCACCAUUUUGUGAAGAACUGAUGCAGCUAUCGCAGGAAUCGAUCGCAUGUAAUGAAUCCCACCAUUGCAAAGGCGAUCACAUACGUUCGUUGCUUGGAUGUUGCGGCCAUUAAUUGCAUACGUCCAUCGCAUAAAGGUUGCGGCUACAGAGUAAUAACCAUAAUAGAGGGAUGAAUGCAAGGGAGGUGGAAUGCGAUGGUACUUCGGAAGCCAAGCAUGAACGCAUACCUUGGGAGUAUCAAAAGAUGAUGUUGACAUUUCACCUACCACGCUAUUAGUAGCAGAGAUUCAGAGCAGGUCCAUCAUGUCGUUAAUAGUAGAGAUUCAGAACAGGAUCAUUAAUGUUGUCAGCGAUUAUGAUCUAUAAAUAGAGCCUUAGAGCCCAACUUCAAAGGAUCCGAGCUUCUGCCUUAGGGCAGAUCCUUGUGAUCACAGACGAAGUGUGAGAAGACAUUCUUUGAGAAUUCUUCAUUCCUCCAACCAU